CCAUCUAACUAAAGCCUUGAGGAAAGAGGGGGGAAAGUAUAGUACCCAUUUUUGUAGGGGUGAAGAAGAAAGAUUUUGGCAUUGGGUCAUUUUUCUCAGAAGCCGUGCCAAAUUCCCGAACUUGGGUGCUUUCUAUAAAUCAAUUUUCGGUAAGGUAACAGUUGAAAGCUCACUGGCCUAUGAGAACUUAACAGACAAAGAAUUAAUGCCUGGAAUACUUUCUGUUUCCUCAAUUGUUUUGCCUCAUUGGUGUACAACUUCAAGUGGUAGGCGUGUUGUCAGAAUGGCUGCUGCUCACACUCCAAUUGCUGGAGUAUCGUUUGAAGCCGUGACAAUAAAGCCUCCUUCACACCCUACAUAUGAUUUAAAGGGCAUUAUAAAACUUGCUCUUGCUGAAGAUGCUGGGAAUCGAUGGGAUGUGACUUGUAUGGCCACCAUCCCAUUUGACAUGGAAGUGGAAGCCCAUUUUCUGGCAAAAGAGGAUGGUAUCAUUGCUGGAAUUGCACUAUCGGAGAUGGUGUUUCAAGAGGUUGAUCCUUCUUUGAAGGUGGAGUGGUCUCGAAAGGAUGGAGAUUAUGUUCGGAAGGGGCUGCAAUUUGGAAAAGUUUAUGGAAGGGCACACAGCAUUGUCGUAGCUGAAAGAAUAGCUCUGAACUUUAUGCAGCGGAUGAGUGGUAUAGCAACACUAACUAAGGCAAUGGCUGAUGCUGCACAACCUGCAUACAUCUUAGAGACAAGAAAAACUGCUCCAGGCUUACGAUUGGUGGAUAAGUGGGCGGUACUAAUUGGUGGAGGAAGGAAUCAUAGACUGGGUUUGUUUGAUAUGGUGUUGAUAAAGGAUAAUCAUAUAUCAAUAGCUGGAGGAAUAAGUAAUGCCCUUAGAUCUGUUGACCAGUAUUUAGAGCGAGAAAAUCUUCAAAUGGAGGUUGAGGUUGAGACCCGGACACAUGAGGAAGUAAAGGAGGUGUUGCAAUAUGCAUCUCAAACGAAGACUUCCUUGACCCGAAUAAUGUUGGAUAAUAUGGUUGUACCUCUUCCAAAUGGCGAUGUUGAUGUGUCUAUGCUUAAAGAAGCUGUGGAGCUGAUCAACAGGAAAUUUGAGACGGAGGUAUCUCAUGAUUUUAUCAUGUAGUUUUUCACUUCAUUUAUUUAGUGCCUACAGACUGUGUAGAAAGAUACUGCUGAUGUCUGUUGUUUCAUACUAAAUUACUCCUGUUCAGUGAUGUGUUAGUUAGAAGGCGUUUGUUCUUUCUUUUUCUUUAUUUGGGGGUCAUGAUGGGGUUUGUGAAACAAUGUUUCACUUUAUUUGCUUGGCUUUUUGAUCUUCAAAUAUGUGAAACCUGAGCAAAAUUAUGCAAGAAAGAUUGUAUGGAAUCUCUUGCUACUUAAUUUUUUGGAACAUUUAAGAUGGAAUUCAUUUUUGGUGACUUACCUUGUCAUUCUUGCUCAUGUAAACAAACAAAUUUCUUAACAAACAAACUUUGAAUUUUUCGACAAGUUUUUUGAUCAGGUU